CCGUAGGGCUCCACGCAAGAUGAUGAAUCAAAAUAUCAGUUUCCGAUUUUUUAUUGUCCAACAAUAGUAAAGGGCUUGCUAGUUGCUUGCUUCUGGGGCUUCUCCGUAAUUUAGUUAUAAUCAUGCCUGGUUGCAAAUAUAUAAGACCCCCUCCAAUUACCCAUCGCAACCUUCAAAUAAAAGCCAGAAAAAGAAAAGGGGAGGCAACUUAACCAAAUGAAAUUGCAUUUGGGUUAUAUAUAAGGCCCUGCUCUGCUCACACAAACAUUCAAACUGAGUUUCAAGUUUGAUCAUGGAUGCGGAAUCGAUGCUUGCUUUGCGUCUCAACGUCCAUUAGCCCUUUAUUCAACGUGUGCUUGCUCCUAUUCUUUUCUUUCCCACCCGAGCUCUCUUCUAUCUAUAAUCUAUCUAUCAAUAUAUAUAUAUAUAUAUAUAUAUAAACACCAAACCUACUGCUACUUUGCAUUCUCUCUUUAUUCUUCCAAGUCCUCAAUUAAGUUUUUGAUGAAAUGAGGGCACAGGUGCUCUUCAUGGCCUGCUUCAUUGCACUCCACAUUGCAGCUGAAAAAUGCCGGCAGCUAGUGGGAGAAGAAGCUUCCUCAAAGAGCAGUACAGAGAGGUUCACAUUCCUCAACUGCUUCGACAUGAAAUUCGGAACCAUGGCCUGCGUGGUGAAGGAGUGCGUCAAGCUCUACUUCUACUACAUCAGAGCCGUCCAUGUUCGCAAAAUAAGAACUGCCGCAACCGAGGUUGCUCUGAGGGAGAAGCUGUCGCAGGGCCGGAACAACGAAGAAGCCAUGAAGGCGGCCCAGAGAUCCGGCGAGGCAGCGGCCCGGAGAGCAUCCAGACAGGCCAAACACAUAAUGGGCCCGGUUGUGUCGUCGGGAUGGGACUUUUUUGAAGCCAUUUACGUCGGAGGGAGCAUGGCAGAGGGCCUACUAAGGGGGAUCGGAACGUUCGUUGGAGCCUAUGCCGGAGGGAUCACCGGAGAGGCCAGGCUUGGGUGGUUGGGUUUUAUUUUGGGAAGCCAAAUGGGGAGUUGGGUUGGUGGAAGGACAGGGCUAAUGGCCUAUGAUGUGUGGAAUGGAGUGCAAUUCUUGCUUCAUCUUGUUCACAAAGAAAGAAUCUCUUAUUUGGGUCCUCCCAAUGGUUAAUUAGUGCUAGGAACAAGAUUCAGUGAGCUAACUAUGCUUGUUGCAACUAAUUAAAGAUUCGAUGUUUGAAUUCAAAUCAUUUCUGUUUUGAUAUCAUGUUGAAAAAU